AUGAGCUCAAGCUGGAGGAAUAUCAACACGAUCGCCGGUCAUGAAGGGAGGCUGUUCCUCGGAGCACUCGAUUCCGCGAUAGCACCCCGGACAUUGUCGGACCGCCGCAUCACGCACAUCGUAUCUCUCGGGACCGAACCCAUUCCCGCCGAUAACCCCGCGUCCGGGUUUCAACACCUUCGCAUUCCAGUGGAAGAUGUUGACCACGCAGACCUAUUAAUUCACUUGCCCGCCGCAUGCCAUUUCAUUCACAACGCCCUCGGACAUGGGGGGAAUGUGCUUGUCCAUUGUGUCAUGGGCAUCUCUCGGAGUGCCGCUGUGAUCGCGGCGUACUUGAUGUACUCUAGAAGAAUUCCUCCCAUGGAAGCUCUCGACGUAAUCCGCCAGACACGUGAGCAAAUCUGGAUUAAUCCUGGAUUCACGGAACAGCUCGUCCUUUUCGAGCUAUGUCGAUAUGCACCCUCGCCGAGCGAGGGCAUCUACGUGAAAUGGCGGCAGCGGAUUGAACGUUCUCUAAAAACCCAAAGAAUAUGA